UUUCUAGCUACUCUAUUUGGUCACGUUCAAGAUGUUUAUCUGGUGGCUUGGUCCAGUGACAGUCGCCUUCUAGUUUCAGGCUCCAAAGAUUCUACUUUGAAACUCUGGUCCAUGAACGAAAUUCGUCGGUGGCAGCAAGAGGCUGUGGCUCCAGGUCUAUCCGACCAACCUCAAGCCAAAAAAUGGAAGGUUUCACCUGCUGACAGAAAGUUGGAAGCCGAAAAUCUUAUAUUGGCUCGAGACGGCACUAAAAGUAUGUGUAAACAAAAGUCUUCUACGCAUCCUAAUAGUCCCCAUCAAAGAAAGCGCCAUCUUGUAUCUGACUUACCCGGACAUGCCGAUGCAGUAUACGCUCUCGAUUGGAGUCCAGAUGGUCUUUUUGUCGCCUCGGGGGGGAAGGACAAAUUACUAAAAUUGUGA